UCAUCUCUAUGAAUUAGCAUGUUGGUAAUAUUAUUAAUCUACAAGAAACUAAUUAAAAAACAAUUCAACUUCAGUGCUGUAUAUUCGCUUACGAUUACAGUACAUGCUACAAAGAUGUUCUCCGACUUUGAUGCGCCCUACUUUAUUAAUUUUCGCUGAAAGAAAAGACGUUUUAUUUGUUGGGUUCUUGAAAUAUGUUUAGUUGUGUCAAAUUGAUACAAUGAUAUAAAAAAGUGAUAUUAUAUUACGUGAACGAAGGAGAAGAUUUAUCGACCAAGAGUGAGCCAUCACGAUUUCCUUGAGCAUAUCUUUGGUUGCACACUGCAGCUUCGGGUUAGCCGGCUGAGGUGUUAGCAUCGUUACGAAUUUACUUAAAUAAAUACAUGAUAAUGUUGACUCUGAUUAAGUAGUUAUGGCGAGACGACGUUUUUAAAAGUUAACUAUCAAGAACCGAACUGCGAGAUACAACCGUGAAGUUUCUGCGUGCUUAUGACGUGCAUCGACUGGCUUGUUAGCCGCGAGUUUGGCUAACGAUGUUCGCAGAGCUCAACAGCAUCUUGAACGUGAGCCCGGACCACUUCGGCACGGGCGAGUUUGUGCUGCUGUCCGACAGGGGGAGUGAUGCCUCCUUCCUCAUGCACCACUUCCUCGGAUUCUACCUCAGAGCGGGCUGCCAAGUUUGCUUUAUUGGUCUGGCGCAGUCGUUAAGUCACUACAGUGCAGUCAGCCAAAGACUGGGCGUGAGUCUUUCUCAGGCGAAGGAGAAAGGUCAGCUGGUGUUCCUGGAAGGACUCAACGAAUCCUUGGCCAUUCUUAAUCCUGACGGUGUGAGCACAGGAAGUGAGGCCAUGGAUUUCCUCAGGAAUCCCGGAGCAGGCCUGCGAGGUCUCUUCCACUUUGUGCACUCCAGCGUCAAUCAUUCCCGCGGCACAGAGGUUGGGGCAGGCAACGCCGGGCGCAGGCCGCCCGUGCUGCUGGUGGACGACGUGAGCGUGCUGCUGAGUCUUGGGGUCAGCGUGGACGCCGUGCUGGACUUCAGCCAUUACUGCCGCGCCACAGUCUGCUCGCAACUGAAGGGCAACGUGGUGAUGCUGCUGCGCUGCAACAGAGAAGAAGACGACUACGAGGAUGUAGGAAGUGACGGAGGGUUGGAGAGGCUGCGGAGGGGUUUGUCUCACCAGUAUAGUCUCGCUCUUCACGUACAAGGUCUCCCGACGGGAUACUGCAGGGACAUCCACGGCCAGGUGGAAGUGUGCGACAGGAGGAGACGAGCGGACGGUCAGCAGAAGAAAAUGACCUUUCAGUAUAAAGUCCAUGACAGAGGAGCCUCCUUCUUCGCUCCGGGGACAUCCAGCGCUGUUCUGUAGUCUCGGCACAUCAACGUAUUCCUCGUGUGUGAUGAGAAAGAGGAAAUAUGACGGAUGAUGUUGGCCAGAGAAGCAGGCAGGACAGAUGAUGGGUUUUACUGCACAUCUCAAUCUUAUGGAAUGUUUAUAAGGAUUUUUGAAAACAACUAUUUGGGGGAAGAUUCAGAGGCACCUUAUAGUGUUAUUGACAAAAAAGUAAUAAACAAUAUAAAUGGCAUUUAAUUCAAUCUGUGUAAUGCAUCUGAAAUAUGAGGGUCACAAUACAUGUUUGAAUCGGAAACUAUUUUUUUGUAGUUUUACUACCCACUGUGCUAAUUAAAAAAAAAAGUUAUUAAAGCUAA